AUUUCGUGUGUGCUGCAAAUAAGGGAUUCGGCUAUCGUCAGUCCAAGGCUCAGUUUUUCGGAACCAUGAAGUUGUUCGUUGCUGUUUCGUUUCUGUUGGCAACCGCAUCUGCGGCGCCUGUGCAGAGGACACUGACUGAGUCCCUGGAUGAACUCCUCGCUCUCGUCAACUUCGAGGGUUACAAAGCCCUGAUUGCUGAUCAGCUGGCCAACGACGCUGACAUGCAACGUCUUGCCGCUGUCCUGAGCGCACCUGAUUUCGUUGACAUGGUUGCAGGUGUUCUGCAGAACCCCGAUUACCAGGCCUUCAUCGAGUUCAACGACAACAAGGGCGUCGACAUCAUCAGCUACAUCCAGUUCGUCAUCGACGCCCUCGGCUGGCCGCAGAAGCAGACGACCGGCGCCAUCGGCAGCCGGACCUACGCCGACCUCUUCGCGACCUGGCAAGUGUUCUUUGAGCCCGUCGGCGCCGACGCCCUCUCCUGGCUCCUCACCGCCAUCCAGGAGAAUGUGGACGUCCAGGACCUGCUCAUCUACAUCCAGGGCCAGAGCUUCCAGGACCUUGUCCAGUACAUCCGUACCCAGGGCCCCGUGGUCAACUUGGUCGCUGAUUUGGAGGCCGAAGGUUUGGACGUGACGGGAACAUUCGCUCUCAUCAUCGAGUUCUUGGGCUGGGAUUUGCCGCCUUACUAAAUCGACGCGAAUUCCCUGACAUACUUUUCCAAAGCACACGCGCUGCAAGCAGCACAUAACACGCUUUGUGCUUUGUAAUUGAUUAAGGAGAGGGGGGGGGGGAGAAACAAAUGUGCAGCCGUCAGAAUAAAGCAAAGAAAAGAAGAAGAAGAAAGCGUAUAGCAAA